AUGAAGAAUCGACUUGUUAAUCCCGAGAGGCCGUCAGGGUUUCCAGGACUCAGGAGACUCGGAAAAGUUAAAUCCCUCGGAGAUCGAAAAUUUCAAACCGAAUUCAAAAGACGCGGUGCCCUAUUCGGCAAGUCUGUAUUCUCGAAGAUCGAUCUGGUCCGUGCUUUCCACCAAAUUCCCAUAGCCCCAGAGGACGUUUCGGAGACGGCCGUUACCACCCAUUUCGGCCUCUUUGAGUUCCUGCGCAUGCCGUCUGGACUUCGCAACGCCUCCCAAACCUUCCAAAGGUUUGUAGACAGAGUGCUUCGCGGCUUACUGUUUGUCUACGCCUAUAUCGACGACCUUCUGGUAGCCAUCUCCCCCACCGAAGAACACAUGGAACAUCUGGCAACGGUGUUUGACCGCCUUCAACAAUUUGACGUUGUUCUCAACCCGUCAAAGUGCGUCCUCGGUGUGCCCUUCCUAGAAUUUCUCGGUCAUCUGGUCGACUCCCACGGCAUUCGGCCUCUUCCCUCAAAGGUUGCCGCCAUUCGGGACUUUCCACCCCCUACCUCGAACCGUCAGUUGCAACGGUUUCUUGGUAUGGUGAACUUUUAUCGCCGGUUUCUCCCAAACUGUGCCGACACCAUCCUACCUCUGAUUAGUCUCCUCUCUGGUUCUAAGCGCACCUUUGAACUUACAUCAGCCGCACUCACGUCAUUUGAGCAGGUAAAAGCCCUUCUGGCUGACGCCACCCUCCUGACUCACUUUCACGCUGAUGCACCCACAUCUUUGAUGGUCGAUGCGUCCAAUGUUGCUGUUGGCGCGGUUCUUCAACAAAGUCUGCCGGAUUCUACCGUGCCUUUGGCUUUCUUCUCCAAGAAACUAUCCAAGGCCAAAACCCGCUACAGCACAUUCGGACGUGAACUUCUCGCCGCUUAUCUUAUCAAAUUGGCGCCCUGA